CGAUGAGGCGCGCGAAUUCUUGGCGACGAGUAGUCUCAGCCUUCUGCGUGAGCUGCAGCAGCAACAGCAACUACAACUUCACCAGCACACCUCUUCUAGCAGCAGUGAGCGCAAGCGCAUGCGAAGCGUGGCCAAUGCAGCGCGCAAGGAGCUCGAG